UUGAUGAAUAUUCAAAUGAACAAUGGAAAAACAUGAUAAGUUUACAGAUGAUAGCGUGAAAGAGGAUGAUGAGUACUAUGUGGAGGACAACACUGAGUUUAGAAAAAGCUGGAAAUUUGUCACCAGAAAAGAACGACCAGAUAAUUUGGACGAGAGACAGACAAGUGAAGAAAGAAGCCACACUAAAAUAGUCCAGAAGAAUAAUUUCAAUUCAUCAUCAUUUGAAAGAAAAUCUGAGAAUGUUGUCAGCAAUGUAAAUAAACGAAAUAAAAACGACGAAAGAAAAAGAUUUCAACGUGUUAAUGGAGAUGAAAGCGUUGAGAAAAAGAAAUGUUCUUCAAAAGAUUGCAGUGAAAGUGUUAAGGUUCUAUUGGUUUAUUCCAUGGUAAUUCUAUUGGUUAAUUCUACGGUAAUUUCCUCCUUGAUUAAUUCAUUUGGGUUUCAGUGUCUGUACCAUUUGAAACAAGAAUAGCUACAUACCCACCUUGUGUACCCACUAUCACUUAAGGGAACGCUUCAUAAUAUACGUCGCAAAGUUGCUGUAGCAAAGAGUUCACCUGCUUUUCCUUCGAUAAAGACGUAAGAAAUAGGAAACUGGACCGAGUUUCUUUUUCAAACCACGCAUGUCCUACGCGUGAAAUCAUGUCUUUUGCAAUGAUUUUAUCGAGAUUUUCAGCCAAGAACGCUCUCAGUACUUGGCGGUGUGCAAAUAUCAAACGUUCGUUUUCGAGGAUUAAUAGAAGUACAUUGAGUCAAACAAUCUCCACUCAUAAUGCACCAGUCAGAUCUUAUGCUUCUGAUGUACGUGGAGCAGUUUGUGGCAUUGAUCUUGGUACAAACAACUCAUGUGUUGCUGUUAUGGAAGGCAAAACACCUAAGGUGAUUGAAAAUGCUGAGGGAGCAAAGACGACUCCAUCAGUUGUAGCAUUUUCAUCAGAUGGAGAGAGGCUUGUUGGGGAACCAGCAAUACGACAGGCAGUGACCAAUCCUCAAAAUACCCUUUAUGCGACAAAAAGAUACAUAGGAAGACGCUUUGAUGAUUCCGAAGUUCAAAAAGAUCUUAAAAACCUUUCAUUCAAAAUUGUAAAGGCAUCAAAUGGGGAUGCUUGGUUUGAUGUUCAAGGGAAAAUGUACUCACCAAGUCAAAUUGGUGCAUUUGUUUUGAUGAAAAUGAAAGAAACUGCUGAAAGUUAUUUGAACACAAGUGUACAAAAUGCAGUUGUCACUGUACCUGCGUAUUUCAACGAUGCUCAAAGACAGGCAACAAAAGAUGCGGGCCAGAUUGCAGGUUUCAGCGUCCUUCAUGUCAUCAAUGAGCCUACAGCUGCAGCGCUUGCUUAUGGAAUGGAUAGGGCAGAAGAUAAAAUCUUAGCUGUUUAUGAUCUUGGUGGUGGUACAUUUGAUGUGUCCAUCUUGGAAAUCCAAAAGGGUGUAUUUGAAGUGAAAGCAACAAAUCGUGAUACUUAUUUGGGUGGUGAGGAUUUUGAUAAUGCUCUUCUUCAGUAUCUUGUAAAAGAAUUCAAAAGAGAGUCGGGAAUUGAUCUUACGAAGGACAACAUGGCAAUUCAAAGAUUAAGAGAAGCUGCUGAAAAAGCAAAGAUUGAGUUAUCGUCAUCCAUACAAACGGAUAUCAAUCUACCUUACAUUACUAUUGGAGCGUCAGGACCCCAGCACAUGAACAUGAAAUUAACAAGAGCAAAACUCGAGUCACUUGUUGCUGAUUUGAUUCAAAGAACUGUUGAACCUUGUAAAAAAUGCAUGAAGGACGCUGACUGUACAAUAUCAGAUAUUGGAGAAGUGUUGUUGGUUGGUAGUAUGACAAGGAUGCCUAAGGUGCAAGAACUUGUGAAGGAGAUAUUUGGUCGUUCGCCAAAUAAGGCUGUGAAUCCGGACGAAGCUGUUGCUUUAGGAGCGGCCAUUCAAGGUGGAGUUCUUGCUGGUGAUGUGAAAGAUGUUCUUCUGUUGGAUGUUACACCUUUAUCCCUUGGCGUUGAGACGCUUGGUGGUGUCUUUAUCAAGCUCAUAGAGAGAAACACGACUAUUCCUACGAAAAAGAGCCAGGUGUUCUCCACCGCAGCUGAUGGUCAGACGCAAGUGGAAAUUAAGGUUUGUCAAGGUGAACGUGCAAUGGCUGCAGAUAAUAAAACUUUGGGACAGUUUUCUUUGGUUGGCAUCCCACCUGCACCACGUGGUAUACCACAAAUUAACGUCACGUUCAACAUUGAUGCUAAUGGCAUUGUCAACGUGUCCGCUCGUGAUAAGGGAACUGGAAAAGAACAACAGAUUGUCAUCCAAUCUUCUGGUGGUUUGAACAAAGAUGAGAUUGAAAAUAUGAUUAAACAAGCUGAAAUGUAUGCAGAAAGUGACAGAGAAAGAAAGGAAAAAACUGAAGCAGUCAACCAUGCCGAAAGCAUUUUACAUGACACAGAAUCGAAAAUUGAAGAGUUCAAAGAUCAGUUGCCACAAGACGAGUUUAUGCUCAGUAUAUAUCACUGAGACCAUAAUACAAAAGCAACGGUUUACUGCUGUCCUGAAAACGAAAUACAUGUGAAAAGCAGAGUAAACUUUGAAGAUUUCUCAGAAUAAUUAUAUUGAUAAUUCUUAAACUGGGUUGGCAACUCACUUCUUCCUCAGCAAUAGUUUCUUUUAUAAACUGCAAUGUAAAGUCUGAUCCCAGUUCCAUAUCAUUACAAAUUAUUUCAAUCUUAAAAAUAAAGUACAAGUAAAUCUCUAUAUUUGAUUGACUCACAUGAUCAACAUAAUCAGUUGUAUACUGGUACCUGAUUUGCAGCUUCAAGAUUCAAUUUCUUUGCUAAGAAUGCUUGAAGUAAUCCAAUUGUCACCUGAUUUGAGCAACGGACAAAUUUUCUUUUCAAUGGCUGCAAUAAAACCAAUGCAUAUAGCAUGUUAGAACUGGCAGCAUAAUAUCAAAACAAGCACUUGUCUUUGCCUAAACUACUUGAGUGCAAUGAAGCUCCAUUUGUAUUCAAGUUUUUUCUAUUGUCAACAUGAAGUGAAAAAUAUGAUGCUCAUGUUUCCUUGAAUGACUUAUCAAGUGCAGAAGUGAAGUUUGCCUUAAACUGUCUUAUUGAACUGUUGUAAAUUGAAUUUCUUGUACCAAACUGCUACCUCUAAAUCUUCAAGUGUGAAUUCAUCAACACUAAAAAUAUACAUAAUGAUCAAUUUCAAUAUAUCAUGAUCAAGUGUCAAUGAAUAAAUUUUUCAGCUGCAGGAAAUUUGGUAUUGAUCACCAACCUUUUCAUUUCAAGUUGCAUGGUAAUUUCAUCAUUCUCAUCUUCAAUGUAGUAUUCUGGUGUAUUUUCAAUAGGUUCUGAAGGUGCUUCUUGUA